AUGGCAACUACCAUAAGCAAACUCGCCGGCAAGAAUAUCUUGCUCAUCGGCGGGACAUCAGGCAUUGGCUUCGCUGUCGCCCAAAAAGCACUUCAGGAAGGCGCGCACAUCACCAUUAGCUCCUCAUCCAAGGACAAAAUCGCCAACGCCGUUGAGAGACUUCGAGUAAGUUCACCAGAAAACGCAUCAAACGUGAGAAGUUAUGCAGCGGACCUUUCUGUCAAAGACCAAAUCGAGGCAAACGUCGAGGGACUACUCCAAUUUACUGCCAAGGACUCUACAAUCGAUCAUGUAGUCUUCACGGCGGGAAAUGUGCCGCCCAUGGCACCGCUCGCGGAAUCAAGCUUCGAGCAUGUAGAUGCUUUCCUAACUGUGCGGUUUUAUGGCGCCUUAGCGAUUGGAAAGUAUGCACACAAGUACAUAACACCGGCCAAAACAUCGUCGAUUACGUUUACUACUGGCUCGCAGGCCCGCAAGCCUAUUUCGUGGCUACCGCCGAUCAUCAGCAAUGCCGUCGAGGGCCUAAUGAAAGGUCUAGCUGUCACUUUGGCACCGGUACGCGUUAACGUUGUUGCGCCUGGGUUUAUUAUCACGGAACUUUUGGAGAAACUGCCAAAGGAAAUGGCGCAUGCUGGUGCUGAAAGGGCAAAGGCGAAGUCGUUAACGCAGGAUAAUGGGUCGCCGGAUGAUACUUCGGAGGCGUAUUUGUACUUUAUGAAGGAUACUUUUGUGACAGGGGUUGUGCUGGAUACGAAUGGUGGUGUGUUUUUCUCUUGA